CCAAUCAUCUGGACACUUGUGGUCUUCCACUUCAAUGUACGGACAUACUCUCGCAUCAUCUCUUCUUCUCAUCGACCUUUUGUCAAUAUUUCCUCUUCGCUGACCAUGUCAGAAAAUUUUCAAAAUCCGUCUAUAUUGGGAACUGCACAUUCUCUGCCGCUUCCCCUUCCCGUGGUGAACAAUGCAGCUUCCUUACCAGGAAGUGUCUGCAACUACUCCAGAGUAUCUGCUCCAGCUGGUAGUUCUGCUUGGCUCCUGCCCUCAGCCUCUGGCAUCUCUUUCCAACCACCGAUGAGUAGUGCCUAUCUUUACCAACAUUCUAGCACAACGAUGCUGUCUGGAAUGUCUGGCCAUAGCCACAUAUCCACUUCGGCUGCUUCCUACCCAAAUGUUUUGGAAUGGGAUAUUGCAGGAAGCGCUGAAAAGAAGUCUUCCAUGGGAGACUUUACUCUGACUAUCAUUGACCAAGACACUGCUGUCUCUUCCAUGUCUAUGGCAGAUCACUAUGAGAAAACCUUAGAUACCAACAACACGGUGUCUGCGUACCCAUCACUUUCUGCCAGUUUGGUUGAGAGGACACCAGCUCAGAUUCCAAAUCAGACUCAUAGCCUGUCGUUUCCCUACCAGGAAGGAAGCCAGGUGUAUUACUAUCAUCAGGACACUCAGGGACCUCUCCUUUCUGGAGAACUUAGUCCCUGCCUGCAAUCUUAUGGCUCCAUGUCAUAUACAAGGGGUAGGGGCUUGGCCUCCCAAACUUACAGCAACUCAUCCCCAGAAAUGGUUAUGUUUCUAAAAGAGGUCCAGCCCCCCAAUAAAAAGCCACCAGCCUCCACCUCUGGAAUCUAUUACUCUGUGUCUGCUCAACCCAUCACAGAAUCGAGUUAUCAAGUGAUGAAUUCCCUGGGAAUGGAGACUUCUCUGGCAUUGCAACCUUUAGGACAGACAUUUGGUCCAAAACAAACUUCAGAAUUUCCCAUGUCUUGCAGUAGCAGGAUUCAAAUACUUGAGAGUAAUCCACCACCUGAACUCGGGGAUGUUCCAAUAAUCACACCAGCCCAAAGUAACCUGGUGCUGCCUCCAGCUCCAAUUCAGGAACAAACAGAUAAGAAUGUGGAUGAGAUGAAAAUUGGGCUUUCAAAGUCUCUGGAGACCUACCAGAUCCCAAUAGAAAACCAAGAUCCUCCACUGUGCCCUUUAGAAAUCCCUGAUAUCCACCAGCUCCUAGCUUGCAUUGAUCCCAUCAGCCAAGAGCAACAGCCUGGUACUGAAACUACUGGUCAGGGAAAGAAUGGUCUAUGUUUGGAGGACGCAGGAACACUUGAAAUUGGGCUUGAAUCUGGCAGUAGUUUUGCAGACAUCACAACACUGGUGGAAGAUAUACAUCUUCCCCAGCUCUUUGAAUGUUUAAAAGACCUGGAUCAGUGCAAAGAUCUGCAGGUAAUGAACACCACAGACAUCAUCACUCUGAAUCAGGUGCAAGAAAAUUCAAGUGGCACUAAGGGUACCUCCUAUCCAACCCAGAAGGACAAAAAUGAAGCCUCUGAGCCUCUUGAGGGUAAACCCAAGGCCAAAAUCCAGCUAAAAGACCUAGAAUGCUUAGUAGGGGGAGCAGGGAUUAUUUGUGAUGCUGCAGUCAGUGAGAGGUGUCCUGUGACCAUGACCAAACCUAACAGCAAACCUCCGAAAGCUGCAUCCAGCAGGAUCAGCAAGACAAAGAGCCAUGGGCAGGAGAAGACAAAAAGGGUCAGAGAAAACUCUAAGAAAGCUGAGGAGAGUAAGCAGCCAGGGAACAAGGUCAAGGCAGAAGAGAAGCCCACCACUGCUAAGAUGAAACGCAAGAAAAGUCAACCUGAGCUUUGCCAAGAGGCCUUUAAAAAGCCCCGCAGCUGCCUAGGCAUGCACAUGCUGGAGUCUGUGCAAGUGUUUCACGCUCUUGGGAAGAAGAGUGAUCCAAAGCCUGGCUGCUCUUCCUCCCGGGUCUUGGGUAGCUCAAAGAAGCCCAGCGAUUUCCAGUCAUCCUCUGCUGUCAAACCAAAUCCAGGUGCUACACAGGAUGAAAAAAGCCUUGAGAAAACUCAGGUCCAAGUGCAGAAACCAAGUAGCAGUUUUGAAGAACGCUCGUCUCCAUCCCAGUAUGAGCUGCCACCUCCUGGGAAGGUCAAAUUGGUACCUUUGCCUUUUCCAACCAUGGAAAAGCCUCAAGCUCGGCCUGUUCCUCGGAGACCACAGUCUGUGGCCUCACAUCGUCCUGCUGCAGCUUACCCUGCCAGGCCUGGCUCUACCAACUCAGCUCUGCCAACUGCCGCCAAUUCAUCCGGGCCAACCACUGCAUUUUUGCCUGGUCCUGCCAAACUAGCUCCGCCCAUUUCGACCAACCCAUCUCGACCAGGUUUGCUGAAUCCUACUAGCCGGCCUAUUACUCAGCCUGCAACUUCUAGACCUGCUGCUCCCUACAAGACAACAGCUAGCACUUCUCUCCAGCGGGAGCCCCUUCCUGUCUCUGUGAGCAAGCGCCAGUCUCCACCCAAACGUCAGAGUCAGUUUCUCCUCCAAGACUUCCGUUUCCAACCAAUUCCAUGGAGAAAGCCCAAUGUUCCCGAGCCAGUAAUGUCAAAGCCCAUCACAAAAGAGCAGAGACCAGAGCGUGAGGCUAUGAAAAGGAAGGCUCAGCAGGAGCGUGAGAACGCUGCCAAAUACACCUCUUUGGGGAAAGUGCAGUUUUUCAUCGAGAGAGAAAAAGAGAUGGAAAUCUCUCUAUACUAUGGCUACGUAAUGUGAGUAGCUGGGAUGGUUGGUGCCACUUUAGUUACCAGAUGGUUGCCCUAGACA